AUGAUGAACAACUUUCGUCGGCUGUUCCACUCGAGCACCACCGAAGAUGACCUUCUCAACACUCUUGAAGACUUUGACCGAGCCAACAACAACACUCGUUCAUUGACAAGUGGCAUCGAUGAACCAUCCGAUUUGGAAUUUUUAGAAAAUUCAUCGACAACCUCGACGGCCAUCGAUUGCUCACAACAGCACAAUUACUAUGAAAUAUUCAACAAAAUUUCUCAUCACAAGUCUCAUCUCAACAAGGUGAUGAGCAUUUCUGUGGAUCAUCGACACAACACUUUCUAUACGACAGCGAUGGAUGGUGUCACUUGUCGAUGGAAAUUGGCGGGAGGAUCGGAUUUGACCAAAAAUAAUCGAGUGAGUGCUCAGAUCGAAUUACCAUCUUCGAGUUUAACCUCGAGCUCUUCUUUUUCCUUUCCCAAUUUGGAGGAUUUAUCAAAUUUAUUGGAAUUGGAUUUUAUGUACGAAAGACAAACAGGAGCUGUCAUUUCACAAUGUCUUUUUCAUGAAUUUUUAUUGACAGGUAGCGAUGAUCAAUUUUUAACACUCUUUUAUGUUCAUAAUGAAAAGCCCAUGACAAGAAUCAAAUGUAAUGAUGUGGUGACUUCAAUUUUUGCGUUCGAAUAUUUGGCAAAUGAUUUUAACAUUGUUGGAAGUGUUUUGGUUGGUUUGAGAAAUGGUGAAUUGAACAUGUUCUCAAUUUUGAAGCAAUACAGCAAACUUGGAAAAUGGUCAGGAGUUUCCUUGAUUCCCAAUGAGACGUUUAAUAGAAAUCACACACCUCGUCACAUGAGACAAAUUAACUUUAUUACUGUUUGUCCUUCGAAAGAGGUGUUGGAAAAUUAUGAAAUGAAUCAACCACAAAACGCUCCUUCGGCUCUUUCAAUAUUGACAUCAUCGAUGAGUGGACAAAACACGUCGUCACAGAGUUCAGCAAGUUCUUUGCAUUCACAACAAUCACAAACCACGAGUGCAAAUACUAAUUCGAAUGCCACAAAUUCAAAUACCAACUCGAACUCUUCCACUCUUGAAAUUGAUUACUCAACCGUGAAAUCACACGGAGGCCCUUAUUCGGAUUCAAUCUUGAUUGUAUCAGCAUCCAAUGAUUGUUUUGUCAAAAUUUGGUCACCCUCGACGGGAGAUUUGUUGUUUUUGAAAGAAUUUGAUUCACCUUGCACAAAAGUUAUUACCACAGCAUUUCGACGUGACUCGGUGAGACAUCGAUUCUUUUUUGUGUCACACUACAAUGAUCUUUCUAUUUUUACAGUGAAUACCAAAUCGAAAUAUGCCACAGAUUUUAGAGUUCAUUACAAUAUUAAUCAAUUCUUUUUACAUCAAUUUUCAGAGUUUAUUGACAAGAAUUUGAAUGACAUGCAAAACGUUGGUUCCACCCCGACGAAAGGAUCCUCUUCGUGUCAACAAAAAAGUUCCAAAACAUCCUCUUCGUCCUCUUCACGCCGUGACAGAGGAUAUUCCACUGCACUCUCUGCGAAAGAAAACUCUACUCCGAGUGGAGGUCAUACAAAAUCUACUUCGAGUGCUCACACUCUCAAUGAAAUUCCAGCGAGCAAAAAUGGAUAUAUUUAUCUCAUUGGUUGGAAUUCCAUGCAAGCUCGAUUGGAAAUAUGGCUUUACAAUUUAUUCGAUCAGAAAGCAAAACCUACUUCUCAAUAUCAACAGAAAUUGCAAGGUGUGACAUUUUUACAAAAUUUGACACUUGACAAGAGUAGUGUCGUUCAGGAUGGAACUGAUCUCAUGACGACCUUCACAGUGGUUUACAGUGUUUUCAAAAAGACAAGUGUCAAAAAGUUAAUUUUAAGAAAAUCCCUUCUCGAAGGAAGUGGUGACAACACCACUCGUGUAUUGAUCUCCACUACGACCAUUGUCAACACCAAAUCACCUUCUUCUCCAAAAACUCCAUCAACACCACUUAAACCAAUGCCACAAUUGUAUUGCAAUUCUGAAUUUAGAGAUUUGUAUCAUAUGGCCACAACGAAGAGAGCCGCCGAGAUGAGAAAUCCUGUCAAAAUUGCGCAACUUAUUCAAAAUUUUAGCAAAGAAUUGAGUGAAAUUGGAUCCAUUGAUGGAAAAUUAACAUUCCUUCAACAACUUUACACCAAUAGCAACAAAACUUUGGAUUCCAAAUUUAAUUUCAUUUUCAACAUUUCACACACUGUUCUCUGUGAGGAUCAAGAACUUGUUCAGAAAUCAAAACGUGCACUCUCUCAACUCAAUCAAGAAGUUCUCACCUCAAGAAAAAACACUUCUCUCCACAAGAAAUUCAUGUACAUUCGUGAAGUGUCACUCAAAAUGGGAGAAACCAAAUUGACCGUUCUCAACUAUGACAAUUACAUUUCAUUUUUUAAAGAUUUUUGUAAUCAAGAAGGUGUCAACAAAUUAAUCAAUGUUCAAGUGAGUUCAAGUUCUGCUCGAAAAAUUGCAGUUCUUGUUCAAGAUGUGAUCAAAACAUUUUUCAAACACAUCAAAACUUGUCGACACUCGUACAAGUAUCAUUUGAAACCUUUUUUUGAAGUGAGAAAUUAUGAAAAAUGGCUUGAAAAUAUUGGAUGUGAAAAUUUCAGUGAUAUUUACAUUGGUUUGGGAAGAAUGAUGGGUUUCAUAAUGUUACAGCCCUAUUUAUUUGUGGAAGAUUUCUUUCCAAGUCAUGUUCUUGUCAAGACCAUUUUAGGACAAGCCAUUCAAUGGACGGAUUUCUCAGAUUUUGGAAUUGAAUAUUCGAUUUUAAUACAAAUUAUGGAGAAGAGACAUGAUGGAACGAAAACACUCGAGGAAUUGCUGAAUGAAGUUGGAAAGAGUGAAUUUUAUGAAAAUUUAUUGUCCAAUUAUGAACAUUUUAAAAAGAAUUCACAAGAAUGGAAACACAUGACUCAAUCGAUUCGUGUCACAGAAGAGAACAAAAUUUCACUAUUGAAACAAGUCAUUUCUUACUUGUUGUUUAACAACAUUUCACAAGAAUUACAAUGCUUGUUGAAAGGUUUAUAUCAAUUUUUACCUUCUUUGGAUUGCAUUCGUGAAUUAUUGGAUGAGAAUGAAUUGACAUGUUUAUUUGUUGGAACGAAACUCAUUCAUUCAGAUUUUGUCAUUUUCAAGAGUUGUGACACUUCUUCGACGAUGGAUCAUUUAUCAUCAACGAAUCAUGGAGAUAACUCGUUGACCAUUUCCAAUCACACUACUCCAUUUACGGAUCCACUCGGUAUGAAUUCAUUCAUUGAAAUGGAUCCUUGCAUUGCUUGGUUAUGGGAAUUUAUUUAUGACGAUAUGGAUGCUUCGAUUGUGGCAGAUAAUUUGAGAACUUGCUUAAUUUCUAAAAAGUCACUCUCUCUCAAGAAUGAUCUCAUGUAUUAUACGCCCAUUCCUAUCAUUUGUAAAGAUAAUAGCUUGAAAGAGGAUGUGCAAUUUAAUGCUGAGGAACAUGAAAUGAGAAUUGGUACAUUCCAGAACAAACAAAAGUUCUUCGAAUGUUUAUUGUAUCAUAUUGAACAGAAUGCGAAUAGAAGAUCCACCAUUUCGAGUGGAGGAAUGUCACCAUGUACUCCGUUGUUAAUGUCUCCAUCGACACAACCAUUGCUGUUACCAACAACAACAACAACAACAAACACUACGACCAGCAUUCCCACUCCAGACAUUUUUGACACACCACAUACCACCACCUCAGAGAAUGCCACAAAUUCGAAACUCUUAGUAGGCAAUUCAACAUUGAGUUUAAUAUCAACUUCUUUCGAUACGACCGGCAGUGAAGAUUCCACUUAUUCUGACACGAGUAAAUAG